AUGAGUUUUGCCUCAAUACGAUAUCUGAUUCUCACCAUCUACCGCCGCCUAUUUUCGCUGGUUUAUUGCGCCAAUACGGUCGCAUUCAUCAUCAUUAUGGUGGAGAGCAGACAGAAAGUCCUUGCAUUCGUCAACGCAGCGGGCAUCAAUUUACUAGUAUGUGGUCUUUCACGACAUCCGCUAGUGGUGAAUGCCAUAUUUCUGAGCAUCUGCCACAUCUCACGUUCGGCUCCUCUCGUGCUGCGCAAAAGAGCCGCAGAAGCGUAUCAUUAUGGAGGAGUCCACAGCGGAUGCGGUGUAGCAGCCUUCUUAUGGUAUACUGGCUUGGUAGCUCUGAUAUCACGGGAAUAUUGGAUUAAUCGAGACCCGGGGAUGAUUUCCGUCCCCGUAAUUGCUCUAUCCUAUGUUUUACUCCUCGUUCUCGUCGCCAUCAUUGUGGUUGCACAUCCUAAGUUCCGGACAAAAAGACACGACUAUUUUGAACUCAUGCAUCGAUUCUUUGGAUGGUUGGCAGUGACUCUUUUCUUAACUCUCCUGCUUGUCUUCUCUGAUCAAGCCCGACUUGCGCAAGGCUUGUCUCUCGGACAGUACUUGCUCAAGCUCCCUGCGUUUUGGUUCGUGCUAGUCAUCAUUGUCUCCAUCGUUCAUCCUUGGCUCCUCCUUCGCCGCGUGCGAGUUUGGCCAGAGUACCUCUCACCGCAUGCUAUCCGACUCCACCUCGAUCACACAUCUACUGCAUUUGGCAAAGUAAUAGCACUCUCCAAGCACCCGCUCCAGGACUGGCACAGCUUUGCAACUUUCCCAGAUUCCGAUGGCAGGAGCUUUUCUUGCCUAGUAUCUAGGGCAGGGGACUGGACAACCAGGUGUAUCGAUCAACGACCAACGUACUUAUGGAAGCGCGGAGUGCUCAUGUACGGCUUUAUCCACGUGAUGCGAGUUUUUCGCAGGGUGGUUGUGGUUGCCACGGGAUCUGGAAUAGGGCCAUGUCUCUCUUUUUUGAGCGAGAAGAAUCGCCCCUCGCUGCGAAUCAUCUGGCAGACGCGGAACCCGAACAGGACAUACGGUCGUGACGUCCUCAACCUAGUGCAGCAGCUCGAUCCCAAUCUACUUCUCAUUGAUACUCACAACAGCGGACGAGUGGACAUGGUGCCAAUUGUCCGCGAACUCAUUCGGGAAUUUGAUGCAGAAGCUGUGUGUGUGAUCAGCAAUCCACAGCUCACGAAAAACGUAGUCUUUGAGCUGAAGGCAAGUGGAGUGCCCGCUUUUGGGCCAAUCUUCGACUCAUAA